AUGGACGACUCCAAGAGCGAGCUGGACGCGAUCUCCCAGAUGCCUGUGGAGGAUAUCCACAAGCACCUGCAGAGCCUUCCGCGCGCUGCGUGGGCUGUCGCGAUUGCGCAGCUUCCGGUCGAGAAGAAGAAGGAGCUGCGGCGCCUCCUGUCUCGCAAAAACGUGGAAAAAUCGAAGACGCCCUCGCAGACCUCCGCGGCCGCGUCGCCGGCUGCGAACCUGUCGCCCCCCAAGUCGCGGCGGCAGGCGUUCGCGGAGGCGCGUGGUGUAUGUACGCGGCACAUUCCGCCUUCAGAGGCCGUCAGCAGAACUCCGAAGAUCGCGCCAUUCCCUCCCGGUAGACCUGAGGCCGGAGGGGUAGACACCAGCGCGUCUCGACAGGGCACUUCGCAGGGGGGCUGCGCAGCCGGUCUUGGCGGUGUACGUACACCUGAGGCGCCCGAUGCGCUGGGGCAGUAUGCGACACUUUCGCCGCGCGACGGCGCAGCGGCAGGCUUGCAGGACGCUUCGCUCUCUUCUGAAGACUCCUCGUCGCUCUCUCGCGCUGAACCCCUUCGAGAGGCGAGCGCAGAGGCAAAUCGAGAAGAAGAAAAGACAGUGAAUGGAGAGGCAGACACGCCUGGUGUGCAGCUAACGCAGGGCAUGAAGGCGGCGCGCGGCUUCGAGGCAAAGAAGGCACGCGAAAAAGGCGCAAACGCGUGGGAGCGACUCGACGGCAACACGCAUCCUUACGGCAUUCCGGCGCUUCCGCUUUCCGCUUUCUUACCGCUUCUUUCUCCUCCGGCGUGGGCGAUGCCGAUCUCUCGCUUCUCGCAGCUCUCUGCGUCGGUUUCGUCGGCGCUUCUCGCUGGUCGCCCGUCGCGGUCUGUGCCGCCUGCAGCCUGCGCGUCUCGCGCUGAUCCCGCCUUCUCCGCGGAGGCUCGGGAGUCCGCAGCCGCGUUGUUCUUCUCGUUUCGCGACUUGCUCGCGGUCAACCUGCUGCAUCCGGCGUACUCGCCGGUCGCGCACCUCUUUCGGCCGCUGGAGGAGCUCGCGUUUGUCACAGGCUGCCUGCCGUCGCUGUGCGAAGAGGAGAAGGGCGACGUGCUGCUGCGCCGGUCGCUGGCGCCGCCGAUCUCCCCGGCGACGCGCGUGUUGGUCCUCUACCUCCACUGCUGGCUCACUCUGCUUCUGCGCGCCUACCACGCAGAUACGGUCUACGCGUACUGCGCCUGCGGCUCGCGGCCGCCCGCGGAAACUCCGCCGGCGAGGCGGGAUGCCGAGGAGCCCCAGCCUGAGCACCUGCGGAGUCUGUUUGACGCGCCGCGCGAGACAGCGGAGGACGAAGACGAGGAGCUCCCGUCUUCGCGGCGCGUUCGCGACCUGUUCACUCCUCCGCCUGCGCGGUGUCGGGGCUGCGCCGCAGUCACAAAGAGAAUGACCGGCACUGCGAACUGGAGGCGCUUCUUCGAGAGGUACUUCCCAACUGCUGUCGCGCGCUUCGCUUCUGUCGCGUCCGCGCGUCAGUCUGCAGCGCGCGCCAUGGCCUCGUCUUGCUCGCUUCAGAUCUCAUUGUCUCCGCUGUCUUCCGGAGCCCUGCCUUCGCCUUCGUCCUCUUCCUCGCUGCACUUUGCUCUGCUUCCGCUUCCUCUUCGCCCGCGUCACCAAGAGGUCGUUGAGGACCCCCUGUACGAUUGGACGAUUUGGAGCCCAACGAAUGGGGUCGCGGCUUCGCCCACAGUUGUCUCCUCGCCCCACGCGCCGGGUCGGCGGGAGACACCUGCGCCCGGCCCGGAUGAAUGCGAGAAGUCGGCUUUGUUUGCUUCGAGUUCGGGGCUGCAGGACGCUGGAGAAGAAGGAAGCGCUUCGGCGCCGCCUACGGAGAAGAGCGCCCUCGCGGCGGAAGCGGCGAGGUGUCUCCUGGAGCCCGCGAAGCGAUUUGAGGAUCGGCUGAAUCUUCUCCACGUGCGCAGUUGCAGUUUGCGAGGCGCGGACUACAAGCGCUUCGUUGACGCACGCACGCGGCAGCUGCUGAAGAAGACGCUUCAGUCACUUCCAUUUCGUGUGUCUCUCGCGCAGCUGGCCUCGCACAUCUGGGGUUUCAAAGCGGGCGCGGCGAAAGGCAGCAGUAGCGGGCGGCCUGCGGACGAGGAGCGCGAUGACGAGGAGGGCGCCAAAGUCGAUGAAAACGAAGACGAUGCCAACCGUGGAAAGGUCGGCGGAAUCCUCCCGGGCGGGCCCAUCACGCAGCUGUUCCUUUUCAUCGUCAGCGACCGGCUUCAGACGUGUGCCGAGCUCGCGCUCAGGUGUAUGUACACGUGGCGAGAGCGCGCGCGCGAACGAGGAACCAGGCGGCGAGAGGCCGAGGAGAAGAGCGAGUCUCGCGGCGACGCGGCGCAAGAGGAGGAGGCGUCUCCACGCCAAGACGGCGAGGAGGGUCGCAGAUCCGCAGAUGCCGCCUUGUUUGCAGCGCCGAACUUCAGGCAGUCCGCUGACGCUCAGCGGGCGCUGUUGCCCCUGAGCGCGGUCGCGCGUCUCCUGGGCUCUGAGGCGAGCUCGAGUGGAGACUCCGCGGACGUGGAGCGCGCAGAGGCCGCCGCCUGUGCCGCCGAUCUCCUGUUCCACUGCGUCGACCAGCCGCUGUUCAACGUCUGCGGCUCCUUCCCGCUCUUUUCUGCUGCGCCUGCGUGCGUCGAUUUGUAUUCGAAGAAGCUCAAGCAUCACCGCGCUUCGCUUUCCUCCGCGUCUGCGACACCCGACAGCAGCCGCGGCGCCUCUGGGGGUGUCAAAGGCGAGAUUGCGAGCCAUGAGAGAAAAGGAAGGCAGGGUGCGUCUCGCGAGACUGAAGACCACAAUCCCAGUCGAGAGCCGACCGCGGUCGCGGGCGAGAGAGACGCGAGUGCUUCCGAGACUCCCGCGUCCGCGUCGGGGGGGUCCGACCCCCACGGCGAGCCCGCGACGCUGUGGGCGGCGUUGGUGGAUGCCGCGGUCGACUUCUGCGUGCGCAGCGAAGGCCCCGGCGGUGCGGUGCGGCGCGGCGCCGCCCGCAGUGCCUCGAGCCGCACCAAGCGCGGGCAGCGGGGCAAGCGCCGAAGAGCCUCCGAGGACGAAGAGGAGGCCAAACGCGAGAGUGAAGAAGGCAGGUGGAGAAUGCCUGGCAUCGACUUGUGCGGCGCCUUUGUGGCGGUCCGCGUUCAGCAGCUCUGGACGGCGAGCGCCGGGAAAGGCGACUGCAGAGAGAUGGUCGCACAAGCUAUGCGCGAGUGGCGCGCAACGGGCGCUGCGUUGGCGGGCGCGGACGCUGCCGCCGCAGGAGUCAAAGGCGGGCGCGAAGGCGAUGGCGAGACAGAUAGCAAAGCGCCAACGGGAAACGCAUGCGCGCAGUCCGUUAGUCUGCUCGUCUCGCUGCACCAACAGCUGCGCGAGAUGUAUGAGCACAUGGCGGCAGCGAGCAAGAUGGCAGCGCUGCUGACUCUUCUUCAUUCCUCGUCGCCAGCGCUGCUACCCCAAGCGCCGCGCUACUUGAAUCUCCGCGAGCUCAUCGACGUGAACCACGUCCUGCACACGCAGGCCGGCACCCUGAGUGAGAAGGCGGCGCGCUUCCACGCGCGCCAAGCCCGACGCGGCGCCGCAAGGAACGGACGCACACAGCCCGCGCAAGUCAAACGCGAGGCGGAAGACAAACGCGACGCAGAAGACAAAGACGCAGCAGCAGUAACGAGCGCAGUGGAAGACACAAGCGAAGCAUACGGCGAGCGAAGAGCACCAGGGCGGCAGGAGGCUGAAGCGCCUCAGGACGGCGACAGUCGGGACGGGGCGUGCGAGGCCGCGGACGAAGAGAGAGAAGAAAGCGUAAGGGGGAGAGAAGACGAAAGGCAGAACGAUCGCCAGGCACUGGGUGUGGACAGGGAGGGCGACGCGGGUACAGGCAAGCGGCGCAGAGGCAGCGAAGGGAUGCGGCAAGAGAAAGGAGAAAGCGCGAGAAGGCGAACAACCGCAGGGCGAACGAAGGCGGCUUGA